GAUUAUCUGUAAACAACGCCAAAACUCCAAUAGACCAAAGAAGACGCGUUUUACCCCCUCAAACCCAAUUCCCUUCAUCAACUAAAUCUCUACUGCCUUCUUCUUUAUCUUCAAAUUUCUCUUCACAAUAUCUUUUUUAUUAUUGCUUUUCUUUUCUUAUAUGCCGAAUUUUACUCCUUUCCCUGAACGAUAUGGAGGGUAACUCUCCAAAUUUCAAACCUCUUCUUGAAGUUGAAGGAAUUGAGAAUUUGGAGACUAGGGUUUCCGAUUCUCUCCCGCAGGAUAAUGGGGGACUUGAAAGUUCUACAGAUUUCUAUAAUUCUGCAGCCACCAUUGGACUUGGGACCUAUAGAAUUCCUACCUCUGGAGAAAAUGAUCAUAGGAACAAUGAGAAGAAAGAAACUAAAGCCAGUGAGCAAAAGCUAGGGAAAUACUUCUUUUAUGACUCACCACUUUCUGAAGAAACUGGGGUUUGGAUACCUGUUUCUGUUCCUCCCAUGUUGGAAAAUGAUCAUGAAGAGUGGAGCAGAGGUUUUCAUUUGAAUGGUGGUUAUUUUCCUGAGGGUGACUUGGAUUGGAACCAGUUCCUUGGAAAAGAGAAGGAUUUGACCAUGUGGGAUGUAAUAGUGGAAAUGUUACUUGCAGCUCGUGGAAAAGUGAGUGCUAUUGCUUCAGGUGAUAUUCAUAGUUGUAAUUUUUCAUGGAUGUCAAGCCAUCUAUUAGAACAAGCUUGGCAAGAAAUGGCUCAAACUCUUACAGAAGCCAAUUUUGGUCAUGUGAGGGAGAUUCUUGAAGCCGAGCCUCAAAAAUGGUUAGCUGAUAGUGCUGCCUCUGCUUGCAUGCUAUGUGGUGUACGGUUUCAUCCAAUCAUGUGCUCCAGGCAUCACUGCAGGUUUUGCGGAGGAAUAUUUUGUGGCGAGUGCUCUAAAGGAAGGAGUUUGUUGCCAGUAAAGUUCUGUAUUGCAGAUCCUCAACGAGUCUGUGACGUUUGUUGCGUUCGGCUUGAGACUGUCCAGCCAUACCUGAUGGACCAAGUAAGCCAUGCUGCUCAAUUGCCAACCCAUGACUUGACAGACCUUAGUACUCUGAGGUCCUGGGUUAAUUUUCCAUGGGGACAAUCCAUGGAAUAUGAGAUUUAUAAGGCAACAAACGCAAUUCAGGGUUAUAACAAGGCAGUUUGUCUAAAACCUGAGAAAUCAAUUCCAGAUGCCAUUCUACGACAUGCAAAAGGCCUUGCAAUAAUCACAGUUGUCAAAGUUGGGAUGAUGGUAACUUAUAAUGUUGGAACUGGGCUUGUAAUUGCUUGCAGAGAAGAUGGUUCAUGGUCUCCACCUUCUGCCAUAUCUUCAUUUGGCAUGGGUUGGGGAGCUCAGGCUGGAGGUGAAUUGACAGAUUUCAUAAUUGUAUUGAGAACAAAUGAUGCUGUCAAUACAUUUUGUGGCAAUGCACAUGUUUCAGUGGGUGCUGGUUUAAGUGCAGCAGUUGGUGUUGUUGGACGGGCAGUUGAAGCUGAUCUGAGAGCUGGCGAUGGCGGUUAUGCUGCUUGUUAUACAUACAGCUGCAGUAAAGGAGCAUUUGUUGGAUGUUCACUUGAAGGGAGUGUUGUCACCACUCGGUCGAAAGAGAAUUCCAGAUUCUAUGGGAGCCAGUCAAUAACUGCAUCUGAUAUACUUCUUGGCUCAUUACCAAGGCCACCUGCUGCAUCAAUUCUUUAUCGUGCACUUGCAGACCUAUCUCAGAAGCUUGAUAGGUGAUUCACUGGGGUUCAGUAUCAAUCUCACCUGUUAAUUGUUUGUACAUAAGGUUUCUUCACGACCAUUCUUUGCCCAAGUGAAGUUGAAGUUGUUUAUAAAAUGAUUGGCAUGGAGAGCUUAUGCAAUCAGAUUUGAUUUUCUCCUGAUGACAUACAGUGGAUGAACAGCCUUGGAGAUUUCUGGAUGUAAAUACAAUACUUUCAAUUCCACGAACAAAUUUAAAAAUUAUUUCAAGGCAAGAAAAAGGAGAAAUUGUUGAAAUGCCUGCAAUCUUGUGAAGAUUUUCAAUUUGCAGGUCUAAAAUCAAACAUCAAGUGAAAAUCCAUUGAAUAAAACGGAUUGAUAGAUAGAAA